AUGAUAAAACUGGAGAUAAUAUUAUUGAUGUGCGUGGUUGCUGCUACCCUUGCAGCUCCCCAGAAGCCUGCAGACCAAGUCAUAGCAAUUCUGAAACAAGAGUUCGACCAACAGGCGGAUGGAUCUUAUGUAUAUAGCUAUGAGACUGAAAACGGCAUAAAAGCAGACGAGACGGGGACCUUGAAGAAAGCGAGCGGCCCUGACAGUAACGACGUGAUAGUGGCCCAAGGAGCGUUCAGUUACACAGCACCAGACGGAACCGUCAUCAAUCUCAAUUAUGUUGCUGACGAUGAAAAUGGGUUCAGGCCUGAGGGCGCUCAUUUACCAACACCACCGCCAAUCCCACCGGCAAUACAGAAGGCUCUAGACUACCUUGCAACUCUACCACCUCCACCACCGUCAAGAGCCUAA